GAGAGAGAGAGACAGAGAGAGAGAGAGAGAGAGAGAGAGAGAUGGGGGAAGAAUAACUACAGGAACCGACAUUUGGAGAAGUAUGCACGUUCACACUUAGACGUUCUGACAGAGGCUGCUGACAAAACACUCUGGUAAAAAGCUCUCAGAAAUGGACUACACUCUUCAAGGAGCUGCAGCAGACAGCAAGCCCCCUGCCCUGCCCAUCAAACAGCGAAGGAGUCACUCCAGUACAAGUUCUGCUCCAGACCUACAGCUGGAAGGGAUCUCAAACCUACAUGGCUCUUCUCCUCUUCCAUCCCCUUUAACUGAUGUGUUUGCUGCGCCCGCUGACUGCAAUGCCGCACAGUGUCCGAUUCAUCACCACUUUGGACAAUCAGGAUUUCACCUGGGAAGAUUCUUCUCAGACCAGACCCCUCCUCCGAUCCCCAAGAAGAGGCUGGCAAGGACCUAUUCGUUGCCUGCAGACAAUCUGUUCAAACCCGCCCCUCCAUUCCUGAGCCACCAGCUCUGCAGAAAUCCAGGACAAGAUAAGAAAGAGGAAAACCUCAAGUUCCAGUUAACUUUUGAUACCCCUGACCAGCAUCUUCCAGGCUUCUUUAGUGGCUUCUGUCACCAGGAGCAAGUUUACACAGUCAUCCAAUAUCGCUACCUUCAGUUCAUGAGGAGCACUGUGAAGCACCUGGAGGCCCAGGUCCUCCUAGAAGAAGAGGAGGUAGAACGAGUGAGGACACUCCGGCCGCAGGACUUUGUGCUAUGUGAGGAAGUGCAGUCGGAAAAGACAGAGGAAGAUAUUUUCUUCAUGGUGAACGCCCCUAAAGUCCCGGAAGGCGUUUUCUCUGCUAAGAUAAACAGAAAAGAUGCCAUAUUAACAUGCUCAAUGUCCCAACCACAUCACAUCAACAUUGAAGAGACUGUGGCCCAUUUCUCACCAUGCAUGGACCUGGAAAAACAGCUCUCAGAAUCGCUGACUGCAGCUGAAGCAUCCGAAUCAUCACACGAGGGCAGUGCUGAGUCGUGGCAGGAACCUAACACCAUCAGCAAGAGGCACACAGUCUUAUCUUUUUUGGAAAGAGGCCUAGCAGUGACUAUUGUGAGGGAUUUUCCUUGGGGAACGCUGGAGGACUUUAUCCAAGAGGGAAUUUCUUUGCAGCCUGAAGAAUACGAGAGGCGGCUCUGCCUGCUGAUUCUCCAGCUGGCUCUGGGCCUGCAGCAUCUAGAAAGUCACAAUGUCAAGCAUGCAGAGCUGAGGCCACAGAACGUCAUGCUGGUAUGGGUGCAUGCCAAGAACAAGAGGUCAAUGGGGAAAGCUGAAACCGUAGGAGAUCUAAAGGAACAGAAGAAAAAUACCCAUCGAAUAAACAUUGCUACAGAUCAAUCGGAGUGGGAAAGUACAGUUCCAGAUACCCCACAAGAAAACAGAGGCAGGAAAAGGCUUCAAAUAUUAUGGAGAAAGUGGGGGGCUCCUCGCGUUGUGAUUACCCCCAGCAGUGGCCGAGCACUGUCUUCUCAAGAAGUACCAACGAAUGGGCUCCAACUGGGAGUUCUGCUGAAGCACUGUCUACAUGAGUAUACAGAUGUACAUAAAAAUACUCCGUACACAUCUGGUCUGCUUCACCUGAUCAAUCGUCUAACUAGGGAGAACCCUGAGCUUCAGAUGUCUGAAAUAGCAGGUGUACUCCAAGCCCUACUGUGGGGCCCCAGGGCUGGGCUCUUUGAGAGGAACCAACCAAACACAACAGUGCUUCAUAACUGGCUGAUGGUAAAGCGCUCACUGCUGGUAUUGAAGCUAGCUGAGAAAGGACUCUUCUCAAAUCAGUCUGGUUUAGACUGGGAGAACUAUUUCUGCCUGCAUUAUCUCUCGUUUGCUGAUCCAGAGACUGUACUUAAGACAACAGCACAGCUGGGCCUCUAUAACAAUGUGCGGCUUGUUUGAGAGGAAGCCCUGAAAUGUUAUAUAUUUUUGUAAGGAACACAGUCCAAAAGCACUCAAAGGAGCACUCAGAAGAGUAGAUAGUAGUGGUCAGAAAAUAUUGUUUGCAGGCCAUUUCACCUCAGAAAUGUUAACACUUGGUGGGAACUGUGACACCAGCAACUGAGAAUUUGUAAUAAUAUUAUAUAUAUAUAUAUAUAGUGCUUUUACAUAACCCAUAUUCUACCUAAUUCAUGUCUACAAUCGUGUAAAUACUGCACGUCAUCACUGUACUCAAAUCACAUUUUAACUUUUUCACGCAUUCCGAAUUUCUAAGUUUGAAGCCACACAUGUCAAAUGGAACACUCACACAAGUCAUAAUUCCUACUAGUGAAGUUGCAAAGAAUGUCCAACCCUGAUUUUACAAUCUAAGAUGGCAGCACUGCACAUCAAGAUUAGUAGAAGCUUUAGUAUUAUACACAUUUUUGGUUGUCUUAUCUAAUUGUGUUCUUAAAAUACUGAAUAAUGCUAUGUUAUCAACUGGCUCUAACAAUGCUAACUUGAGAUGCUUGCCAACCUGAGAUGUUAAAAUUAGUACAUAUUUUGGUUAAAUUUAUCAUAAAAUAUUGGAAACUUAUUGUCAGAUUAGUUGUUAUAAGCUCAAAUGUCCUCACCCAGAUAGCGAAAGCAAAAGCAUUGAUCUCUGACGUCCGAAUUGAUUUAUUUGUGCACAUCGACUUUCCAUAUAUUGAACAUUUUUUGGCUUUAUAUGUAUUGUUUGUAUUAAAAUGUACUUAUGUUACAAAUGUA